AUGAAUAUGUGGAGCAGACCCGAAGAGACGUUCCGGGUCGACCCGGGUGAUUUUGUGUUUAGACCUAGAGCUGUUCAUGAGUUUUCUAGGUUCGACGACCAGAAUCUGAGUGAAGCUUCCUCUGCUCGCCAAGGCUUUCCGCAAAACAAAAACUUGCAUGGAGUCUCUUCUCAAGCAGAGCUUAGAUUUCCUGGCUUUCAAGAUUCCUUUGAAGUUUCUCAAUCCCUAGUCACUAUGGAAGAUGAUCCAAAGAUGACGACUGUUUUGCCUCCUAGUCUUGCGUCCAUGGUUAUGCGUUACGGAUUUGUGUACUUAAUGACCAAGGAUCAGAUUGGUAGUCGAGUUCUGCAGAAAUUGGCUGAUCAAGGAGCGUUUCUUGAUUGCCACGUUAUAUUCCUUGAAAUCAUUGACCAUGUCACUGAACUCUCUAAGGAUCCAUUUGGAAACUACUUCGUUCAGAAAAUAUUACAAGUUUGUGAUGAAGACCUUAGAACACUGAUUGUGAGAGUGUUGACCUUAAAACCAGUGGAGUUCAUCAAGAUCUGUCUCAAUACUUAUGGAACAAGGGUUAUACAGAAGUGGAUUGAAACUAUGAAAACAAGACAGCAGAUUGCAUUAGUGAAGUCUGGACUCAAACCGGGCUUCCUCCCCCUAGAUAAAGAUCUGAAUGGAAGCCAUGUCAUUCGGAGUUGUUUGCAAUUUCUGGGCCCUAACGACAACAAGUUUGUGUUGGAAGCAGCUACAAAGUAUUGUACUGAGAUUGCACCUCUUCUCCACGGAUGCUGUGUGCUUCAGUGUUGCCUUUCAAACUCUGUUGGACCGCAACGUGAGAGACUCAUCGCUGAGAUAUCAAGAGACUUACUUCAUCUUUCACAGGAUCAGUUUGGGAACUAUGUGGUACAAUGCCUAAUAGAGCAACAAGAUUCUCCAGUGAAGUUGCUGGAUCAGUUUAAAACGCAUUACGUCGAGCUAGCGACUCAGAAGUUUAGUAGCCAUGUGAUAGAGAAGUGUCUAACUAAGUAUCCAGAGAGCCGAGCUGAGAUUGUCAACGAGCUCCUCUCUUUUCCAAACUUUGAAGAUCUUCUGCAGGAUCCAUAUGGAAACUAUGUGAUCCAAAAAGCUCUCUCUGUAACCAAGGGAGCUGUACGAGCUAGAUUGGUAGAGAAAGUUAAUCGGUUUGGGAGACUAAAGUCGAGUCCUUAUUGCAAGAAGAUAUUCUCCAAAAACAUUUUCAAGAAGUGA